AUGGAAGUGGAUGAACCUCAAACACACACAAAUAUAAUGAGAUAUGAUUAUUUCUUAUUUCGAUUGUCCAUCAGCACUUUGGGCAAUUUUUUGUCACUGGGAAUCAUUGCUCCUGCACACAAGACAAAAUUUUAUUUUCAAAUUUUAUUAAAAUGUAUAUUUAUACCUAUUUUUUUCGGAAAAAUCGUGCUGAGAAAAAUUGCUAAAAGUGCUGGAGUAAAACAGACGCUGUUUUUGUACAUCACUCUCAAGUUCCUACAAUAUGUGAAGUGCUCAGUUUAA